GGUUAACUGAGCUGAACUUGUUGGAUGUGGAUCUUGAAAAUGUUUAUUUGAGUUGCGGUUUAUUGAUAUUUGAAUAAAUAAUAAUUUCACUGCCAGUACUUUGGUAAUUUUACAGUCCGACGUUAUCUAAUUAUUGAGAAUUCUUCAAACGAUUCAUAAAUAUGUCUGAAAAUAGUAAAAAGAUGGAUAUCUUUACCAUUUUCUAUGAGGCACAGUUGUCGAGAGCAUACCAUGACAAUUACAUUAAAAAAUUGAAGAAGAUCUAUAAAAUUACCGAUGACAAUGUUUUCAUGAGCGACUUCCUAAAAUGUUUGAAGGUAGUUCUGGUUGGAUCAGAGAAAUUUCAAACUGUGGACUUGGCUUUGGAUUUUAUCGCUAAGUUUUCUACCUCCGUCGAUGUGUCGAGUGAAGCCACUAGUCCCUUUUUGAUAGCGUUAUUCGAAUUCUUAUUCCAGAAUCAUGACUGUUCGAACACAUCAGUGCGUUUCAAUGUAUGUAGAUUAAUCAACCGUAUAAUGAUUAAUUUGGGUGCCAAUGCUUCAUUGGAAGAAGAUAUCUGCGAAAGGAUUAUAACAACCAUGAUAAAUAGAAUUCAGGAUACAGUCGCAGGCGUUCGAGUACAGGCAGUUCUUGCUAUCAAUAGGCUGCAAGACCCAUCAGAUGAAAAUUGCAGAGUUAUGAAAGCAAAAGUGCAAGAGUGUUUGAAGGAAACUCUUCUACCCAAAUGGCUGAAAGUUUGCAAUGACAACUUUGUGAAUUUUGUACGUCUUCUGAACAUACAAGAUGAGACUGUUUUGGAUGUUGCUAAGAAAUGUCUGCAUGUAUUCUUCGAUGACAGAGAAAAACUAGAUCUGGUGGAAUAUAUGCAAGGAUAUUUGGUGGAUCGAACAAUUCCAUACAACGAUCUGAGUCCAGAACUAGUAUUUGUUUGGCGAACUCUCUCAGAAUAUCUACGGAGUCACGAUCUUGAAAAAAGUAGUGAUCUUUUGGAACAGAUUCUUCCUGAGCUCACGCUUCUUGUUGAAUACAUCAAGGGGUACUCUUUGAAGCUAUCUUCUUCUCCUACAGAUGAUGUAAUAAAAACAGCCAAAAACAAGUUUGUCUUGCAGCAGCUCUUGGAAAUGACAAGUCUCUAUGAACUUGCCGAUGAAGUUGGAAGACUGAACUUGUCUCAGCUGUGUGUGUCGCUGCUGCACGAAGCUGGCGUACAAGGCAAAACGGCGUGUGUGGUGGUGGAUCGUCUCGGCUGGGCCAUCCCCGAUGCUAAUGAUCGCAUCCUAGCCAUCGUUGAAGUCAUUUCUGAUCUGAGAGAGCCUUUCAUGGAUAUGGAGACGGCCGAAGGAGAUCUUACUCAAAUGAGGAACGCUGAAGUCGAGAAAACGCAAUUACGUGAACGACUCGAAUUGUUGAAUCGAGAGCAAAAUGAAGCUGCCGAAGCAGAGGAUUUCAUGGUUGCAAAAGAAAUACAACUGGAAAUAAUGCUUGUGGAGCGUAAACUAGCUGAACUGGAUACCAGUGCCAGUGCCGAUACCUCUAUUAUUGGGGCUCCGGUUCUGGAGAAUAUAGAUCCUAUAAUUUUGGAAAAGUGUUUACUAAUAAUAAGAGAGAUGGUAGAUAACAAGGAUGUAACCAAGAUGACUCCUACUCUUUGCAGUCUUCUAGACAAUUUCAUUCGUCCAGCAUUUCAGAAAAACGUUGCAAAUCCUACAGUUCGUCAACUUUCCUUAGAGCUGAUGGGAAUGUUCUCAUUGCUUGACGCUGGCCUUGCUCGCAAACAGUUUAUUAUAUUCUGCUUUUUGAUUUCAUCUGGCUCCACUGUUGCGCUGAAGAUAGUGUUCGAUAUGCUUUUAAAAUAUGGUCUGCGUUUAUUCAAUGUGGGAAAACCUGACGACGAUGUGAAUGCAGAAGCAGAUGCGAAUACAUCUAGGGAUGAACGUUCCAGUACCGAAAACAAAAAUGAUGUAAUCAAUCUUCUUGCAUCUUUGCUGGACUGUGAGACUAGGGAAACUCGUAACAUCACGGCUGACGGCUUCUGCAAACUGUUCCUGAUGGGACAUUUGCGUUCACCUAAGAUACUUGCAAGUCUUAUAGCCAUCUGGUUCAGUCCUAUAACAGCUGAAGACUCGGAGUGGCGACAGAGGUUUGGGUUAUUCUUGAGUGCAUUCACAGUGACGUACGGAGCACAAACAGUGCUGGAGAGGGCGUUUCUGCCCACGCUGCAAAUGCUGUUCAACCCAGAUGCCAGCGAUUCCCAGCUGGCCGAUGUGGAUCCCGACAGCGUGGCUCAGGUCUUUGUCAAGCUCACUCAUCCCGAUGUCGUCUCCAACAAGACUGAGGACUCAGCUCACAACAGAAUCGCAUUGAAAAUACUGGAAGAAGUUUCCAAGAAGCAACCAAAGAAUGAGAAGAGUGAGAAAAUACGUGUUUUGAUGCGUACUCUGACCCUGUUGACAAUUCAAUCUGAUGAUUUGGAUUACCUAAGUGACUUGAUUUCUCGUUCCGAAAAGCUAACACAUAAAUAUAAUAUGUUGGGAGAUAAAACUUGCUACAGACUGGCAGUGAAAUUCACUGCAAUGGUAAAUGAUGUGAAACAUUUAUCUGAGAAAAAUACAAAAUCGGAGAUUUGCAACACAUUGGAUCAAACUAACUCCAAAGUAUCCAUCAAGACUGAAUCGUCGAUGGAAGAAACGUCCAAUGUGCAAUCUUCUGCAAAAGAUCGUUUAGCUGAUUCAUCAGCGCCUACAGAGAAUGCAUCUCGAAUCGAUAUAAGUGGAUCUGAACAAAAUAAUGAAUCUGAUUCGGAAAAUUCAAGUUCAUCGAGCAUAUCUUGUUACCCACCCGCACCAAGAAAGAAUACAAGUAUUGAGUUACCUGAAAUUGUUCCUUGCUCUGAUGAAGGUGAAGAAGAUGAUGAUGACAAUGCAUCUGAACCUUUAGACACUCCCAACAUUUGUACUUCUCCCAGAAAUAAAAACAUGUUUAGAUUGUCACAAGCACCUUCAAGUGAUGUAUCUGACUGUCUCAGUAUAUCUUCUCAAGACUGCUCUGUCUCAACUCGUUCAUCAUCUCAGAGCGUUGGAGCAAGGCGAUCUCAGAGGAAAGUGGCUCGACAAGACUUGGAUGAGAACUCACAAAACAGCUUCACUCGCUCCACCCGCUCCGCUCGUCAAACAAGAAGGACCUGAAGCCUCUUCAUCGUCCAGGUUUGAACAUUGUGGAUGCCUCAUGUGUUGAACAUUUUUUAAUCUGUUUCACUAGAUUACUAAUACUGUAACUAUUAUCUGUGCUCUAACAAUUAUUCCAUUAUUACUAUUUUUUCAUUAUACUAUUACAAUGUACUCCAACCUAUCUUGUUCCAAUAUUAUUAUUAUAAUCUACGGGCCAACCCAAUAGCGUCAUUUCUCAAUGAUAUAUUAUUUCUGUCAAAACAGUUUUCAAAUUCUAGAUUCAAUGUAAACUCACAGAAUCUCCAUUUAAUAGUAUUAAUAAUUUAUGCGAUAGUAAUUGGUGUAGAUUUGAAAGUAACUAGUCUUUUUCAAUGUUUUCUUGAUUUACCGUUGUUCUUGUUUGGCGGAUUGAAAUUGUAUUAUUAUCUACUUAAACUAUUCGUCAAGUUGACAGUUUA